AUGGGCUGGGGGGGACCAUGGGCCUGUGCCCCCCUGUUUGUGCUGCUGCUGCUGGCAGCUGCGGGGGGUGAGCGGCACCGGGCCCCCAGGCGGAAAUGCCCCAUCGUCUGCAGCUGCACCCAGGACAACGCACUAUGUGACAGGACAGACGGGGUCCCCCGAGGACUGCCCCCCGACAUCACCUCCCUGUCCCUGGUGCGAUCCGGAUUCACUGAGCUCCGAGAGGGAAGUUUCCUGCAGACGCCGUCCCUGCAGCUGCUCUUGUUCACGUCCAGCACCCUGGGGCUGAUCAGGGACGAUGCCUUCGUGGGACUCCUGCACCUGGAGUAUCUGUUCAUCGAGAACAACAAAGUCGGCUCCAUUUCCAAGAACGCACUGCGGGGCCUCAAGGGACUUGUGCAUCUGAGCCUGGCACACAACCAGCUGGAGACGCUGCCGCGCCACCUGUUCCGGGGCCUGGACGCCCUCACCCAUGUGGACCUGCGGGGGAACCCCUUCCACUGCGACUGCCGGAUCAAGUGGCUGGUGGAGUGGCUGAGCAGCACCAAUGCCAGCACAGAGCUGGGCGAGUGCCAGGGCCCAGCCGAGCUCAACGGCACCCGGCUGAGCCAGCUGCAGCUCCAGGACUUUGACUGCAUUACCACCGGUACGGGACCCCUGAGCCAGCCGCACCCAGCCCCGGGUAGCAAGCCCCAUGCGGUGUUAUAUGCGGCUGUUCCCCAGCUGCCCCACCCCAGAAGUGGCUGCAUCUCAGCGCCGGCGCUGGCGCUGUUCCAGUCGCUGCCCUUCCAGGCGCUGUCGGUGGAGCCGUUCUGGUACCAGGGGGAGCAGCAUGUGGCCAUCACCCAGCCCUUCGCCGGGCGCUGCAGCCUGCUUGAGUGGGACCACCUGGAUGGGGCCUUCCGGGCCUACGCCUCCAUCAACGGCUCGUCGCCUGUGGCCUGCAAGCCGCUGGUGGUGGAGGGGCGGCUGCUGGUGGUGUUGGCGCAGCUGGCCGGGGGUUCCCAUGUGUGGCGCCGGGAGGAGGCCUCGGGGCGCUUCGUGCGGCUGCAGGAGCUGGGCCCGCAGCGCAUCCGCAAGCCCAACGCCCUGGCCAGCUUCCGGGUGGACGGCGACUGGUUCCUGGCCGUGGCCGACAGCUCCAAGGCGGGCGCCACCACGCUCUUCCGCUGGGGCGGGCGCGGCUUCUACGCUCACCAGGCCCUGCACGCCUGGCACCGCGACACCCACGUGGAGUUCCUGGAGCUCUCCGGCCGGCCCAGCCUCAUCUUGGCCAGCAGCUCCCAGCGCCCCGUUGUCUACCAGUGGAGCCGGCCCGGCCGCGCCUUCCUACGCCACACAGAUAUCCCUGACAUGGACGACGUCUACGCCGUUAAGCACUUCCGCCUGCGCGGGGACGUCUACGUCUGUCUGACCCGCUUCAUUGGUGACUCUAAGGUGAUGCGCUGGGAGGGCUCCAUGUUCCGGGACGUCCAGCACAUGCCAUCACGCGGCUCCAUGGUCUUCCAGCCACUGGGCAUUGGGAGCCACCGCUAUGCAGUGCUGGGCAACGACUAUUCCUUCAGCCAGGUGUACCGCUACGAUGCCCGCUCGGGCCUCUUCGUCCGCUUCCAGGAGCUGAACACCCAGGCGCCCCGCUCUUUCGCCCACCUGGCCGUCCACCAGCGGGACUUUGUCUUCGCCGCCAGCUUCAAGGGAGACACGCAGAUCUACCGGCACAUCACCAUCGACCUGAGUGCUUGA